CAGAAAGUCAAAUGGUUGAUCUGCUCUGUCCAACUGGAAGAUUGUUGAUGUGCAGCUGGACAUUAAUUGUUCAUUGAGCAGUGUCAGGUAUUUCUAACUGAGGAUAACACAGCACAAGAGACGGCAAAACAAGCAUCGAUACAGAACUCUGACGAUGAUGAACAGCGACCGCUCCAUCCUCCUCCUCCUCCUCCUCCUCCUCAGCAGUGCUGUAUCUGGACUAGGAUCAGUGGUGUGGAGAAAAUACAUUUACGUCCAAGAACAUCUCAACUGGCAAGAGGCUCAAAGCCACUGCAGGAGUUCAAGCACAACUUACCACACUGACUUGGCCACCAUAUAUAUGCAGUCGGAGGAAAACCUUAUGAACAUGAACUAUUAUCAUGCCUGGAUCGGCCUGUACAAAAACACAAGCGGUCAUUGGGCUUGGUCUAAUGGAGAAAACGCCACCCUCUCCUUCGAUCCUCCCUGGGCACCAUACGAGCCAGACAAUGCCGCAAGCUGUGCUACCUGUCUUUUACAGUAAUAAAAGGUUUUAUGGAACAACUUGUGAUUACUAUAACUUCUUCUACUGUCACGAGAAACACGGUGACCAAUUUAAUUACACAUUUGUACCACAAUCGAAGUCUUGGAUGGAAGCCCAGCAGUACUGCAGGAGUGAGUUUGAUGAUCUGGCAACUUUCAUAAAUAUCUCCGAUCUGCAUUCAGAUAUCAAUGAACAAGACUUUGAAGUCUGGACUGGACUGCACAGAGAAGGUGAAACAUGGAGGUGGAGCACAGGAUUGUCGGACUACAGGAACUGGGCAUCGAAUGAGAUGGGAAACAAUACCGACUGUGUCUCCAUAUCCUCCUUAGGUAAAAAGAUGGCUACCCAAAACUGCUCUACCCGGUUUCCCUUCGUCUGUCUCAGGGACAACCUGUUCCUGGUGAAGGAGAACAAGACGUGGAGGGAGGCGCUGGACCACUGCAGAGCCCUUUGGCCAAAUGACAAUUCCAACUUCCGCUUUGAGUUGUUCAGCGUGCAGCCUGAAGACCAUGAUUACGUGAUGAACAGGGUCCAAGAGGCUGACACUGAAGAGGUGUGGGUAGGCCUCCGUUUCCUGGCCGGUCAUUGGGUGUGGGUGAACGGGGCGAGUAUGUUGUAUCCUGACCUCCCCCCCUGCCCCCCCGUUGAGCAGGGCUGUGGAGUCUUAUCUAAGAACGACAUGGGCAAAGUAGAGAACACAGACUGCACUGAGAAAAGGAACUUCCUGUGUUACAGCUCUUCCUGACAUCACCACCAUUAUCUGCAUCCGGGGUUCACCAGGGCGGUCAGUUCAACAGGUGUUCAGCCUUUCAAAUCAUCAAUGGAAAAUAUGUCUUUAGGAAUUAUUUUGCAUAUGGUAUCACGAUAAUCUUUCUGAAUUGUUAUCUUGUGAAUUCGAAAAAAAUCCCUAAUCACCUCUAUAUUGAACAUCUGCCUAUUUCUUAGCUUUAGGCAUGUAUCAGCUCAGUAAAAUAUAUAUUAAUAAAAAUUAAUCAACUGCG